GUUGCAUCUCCUCCUUAUAAAAUAUUAUGCUCAAUUAUCUUAUACCUAACGCAAAAAUAAAAAUAAACAAUGAGAGCCAUGCUCCUCAAGCUACUCAAUAUCGUCUUCUUCUUCAGCGUACUUUCGCAAUCCCUACAAGCUUCUCCCCAAAACCUCGAGUUCACCUUCAAUGGCUUCUAUCCUCCACUGACUGACAUAUCCGUCCAAGGAAUUUCCAGCGUGACACCCAAAGGUGCCUUGAAACUAACCAACAUAACUUUCAUUGAAAGCGGUCACGCCUUCUAUAGCAAACCAAUCCGGUUCAGAGAUUCACCAAACGACACUGUUUCUUCAUUUUCAACAACAUUUGUCUUUGCUAUCCACCCUAUAGUCCAGAGCCUUGGCGCUGACGGCAUGGCCUUCGUCAUUGCUCCUAAGUUUAGCCUCCCAACUGCAGAUCCCAGCCAAGACCUAGGUCUCUUUAACAUCAUAAACAGCGGUAAUGAUAAACAUCAUGUAUUCGCUGUUGAAUUUGACACGGUCCACGAUCCCUUUGAUCCUGACGACAACCAUGUUGGGAUCGAUAUUAAUAGCUUGAAGUCAGUGAAAACUUCACCGGCUGGGUACUGGAACGAGAAUGAUCAGUUUAAUAAGCUGACUUUGGUGAGUGGUAAGCCGAUGCAGGUUUGGGUUGAUUACGAUGGCCGUACCCAUCAGAUCAAUGUAACAAUGGCUCCACUUAGGAAGGAAAAACCUAAAAUACCGCUUUUAUCCGUUGUCAGAGAUCUAUCCUCUUUACUUUUGCAAGAUAUGUUCAUAGGUUUCUCAUCUGCGACCGGUUCGAUUAUUGCAUCGGAACAUUUUGUUCUUGGGUGGAGUUUCCGAGUAAAGGGCGAAGCUCCGUUGUUGGCCAUAUGGAAACUUCCGAAGGUGGAGAAAACAGAUUGGAUGGCAUGGUUUACCCACUUGUUGGCUGCCCUCCUUAUAUUUGGCAUCUUUUGUACCAUCCUCCUAUUGGUUUGCUCGCCCAUAUGCCUCGUGCGCUGCAUCUUGAGGAGAAGGAGAAAGUACGCGGAGGUGAUCGAAGAUUGGGAAACAGAGUUCGCCAAGAACCGAAUGAAGUUCAAGGACUUAUACUAUGCCACCAAAGGAUUCAAAGAUAAUGGCCUUCUAGGAAGGGGAGGGUUUGGGAGUGUUUACAAAGGUGUCAUGCCGAAGACUCAGAAAGAGAUCGCCGUGAAAAAAGUCUCAAACAAAUCCCAACAAGGGCUAAAAGAGUUUGUGUCUGAGAUUGCGAGUAUCGGUCGAAUGAGUCAUCGAAACUUGGUCCCUCUCUUGGGUUAUUGCCGCCGGAAGGAUGAGCUUCUUCUGGUGUACGAUUACAUGCCUAAGGGAAGUUUAGACAAGUAUUUGCACAAUAGUCCGGAGGUAGCUCUCGACUGGAACCAGAGGAUUAAAAUCAUUAAAGGUGUGGCCUCUGCCUUGUUCUUUCUUCACGAGGAGUGGGAACAAGUGGUGAUUCACCGUGACAUCAAAUCUAGCAACGUAUUGUUAGAUGCUGAGUACAAUGGGAGACUUGGAGAUUUUGGUUUAGCUCGGUUGUGUGGUCACGGUACCGAUCCUGAAACCACGAACGUUGCAGGAACAUGGGGCUAUCUAGCCCCAGAUCACGUUAGGACAGGACGGGCCACAACCGCUACCGAUGUUUUUGCGUUUGGGGUGCUCUUACUAGAAGUGGCGUGCGGAAGACUUCCUAUCGAGGUUCAAGACAGCGUGAGUGGUGAGAGGGUGUUUCUCGUUGAUUGGGUUUUUCAGUUUUGGAUAGAUGGGAACAUAUUGGGUGCCAAGGAUCCGAAUCUAUGGUAUGAUUAUGAAGUAGGAGAGAUCGAAAUGGUAUUGAAGCUAGGUUUGUUGUGCUCACAGUCCGAACCAGAGAAUAUACCAACUAUGAGACAAGUGCUACAUUAUUUAAGGGGAGAUGUAACGUUACCAAAUCUGUCACCGUCGGACCUGCGUGGAAGCGAGAGAUUGUUGGGAAUUCCAGAAAUGGGAUUUAGUGAAUCAAGCUUGUCUACUGGUGGAUCUUCGAUUACUAACUCUCAACUGUCUGGUGGGAGGUGAGUUGUGAAUAUCUGUGUGUUUUGCGCAAUUUCACUUCAUAUGUAGAAAGAACUGAUCAUAAAUAUCUUAUAUAUUAAAAUAGAAGUUAUGACUUCUCUUGAUGUGUGAUUUUUUUUAAAAAUGGACCUAUUCCUAGAAA